AUGAUUUGGAGGAGAAGGACGAUGAUUGACCAUCUUGCACGUCGUUUUCUGGGAGGCAGAUUCGCGAGAUUUGGUCCUAAAACUGCCAGAUUUGCAACAAUUAUGGCUACGUAUGGCUCACACCCCAGUGAGAAUGGACAUACUGACGCCAAUAAGAACGACAUGCACAGCGAAAAGAUUCUAAAAAACUUCUCUGGACGCCUAGGCAAACUUUCUGCCAAUGACCUGUGCGCCCUUACAAAGUCAAUGCUCUAUAAUAGAUGCAAAUUAUCGCAUAAAGAUUUCGAUGGAAUAGUCGACAACCUCCGAGCCAUACACGAAGAUUCGGGAGGGAUGCAUGAAGAUAUGGAUCUACAGGGAAAGGCAAACGAUGAUUCUCAGAAUUUGAUGAAACAAAAUAAGAAAAGUGUAGCUUUGGAUGCCCUUGGUUACUUGCUCCUGCUGGGUGUUGACAUUACUGAAUCAUCAUUCUCCAAAUGUUUACCCAUUCUGGAUGGAAAUAGAACGACCACAGACCCAAAUCAUCAACUAAAGCUUUUAGACAUUGCCUAUACAAUUGCAUGUUUUUACCCAGAAUUACAAAAGCUCUACACGCCUCAAUUGAGCAACUAUUUCGAAUAUCUAAAACUGGUUGCCCCGGAGAUACGUUUACAGUGCCUUCACCACCCGGAAUCGCAAGAGGUACUAGAUAUAAAGAAUGUUUUGGAGCAUCUAAAGAUAAACUUUUCAUCCGCCAUUACAGGUUUGUUUGUUUACGAGUUUAAUGAUCAACAGGUCAUUUGUACUCUCCAGUGGUAUUGGAGGAGAGUGGUUUGA